ACUUGCAUGAUUCAAGAGCAACACACGACAGAGAGAAAGGGAAAUCAAAUUUCAUUUCUAGUUAUACACAGAAAUCAAAUUCUACACAGAAAUCAAAUUCUCAAUAUUCUUUAAUGGCUUUCAGCGUAGUUUAUUCUUCUUCUUCUUCUGCAACUGCAAUCUCUGCUACCCGUUAUUCGCGCUCCUCUGAGCUCAAAGCUCCUCAAAUUGGUUCUUUGCGUUUGUUGGAUCGCCCGGCGACCGUGAACCUCUCUCAACGGCGGUUCGCGGUGAAGUCCAAACGGAAUGACUCCAUCGUCCCUCUCGCGGCAACUAUCGUUGAGCCUGAGGUGGUGGAGAAAAUAGAGGUGGAGGACUAUGAGCAGUUGGCCAAGGAUCUUGAGAACUCUUCUCCUUUGGAGAUUAUGGACAAGGCGCUUGAUGAGUUUGGCAAUGAUAUUGCUAUUGCAUUCAGUGGUGCUGAAGAUGUUGCAUUAAUUGAGUACGCCAAGCUAACCGGUAGACCCUUUAGGGUGUUCAGUCUGGACACUGGGAGGUUGAACCCAGAAACAUAUAGGUUCUUUGAUGCUGUUGAGAAGCAUUACGACAUCCAUAUUGAAUACAUGUUUCCUGAUGCUGUUGAAGUUCAAGCAUUGGUAAGGAGCAAGGGCCUGUUCUCUUUCUAUGAGGAUGGGCACCAAGAGUGCUGCCGUGUGAGAAAGGUGAGACCCUUGAGGAGAGCUCUCAAGGGGCUAAGUGCUUGGAUCACUGGCCAAAGAAAAGAUCAGUCCCCUGGCACAAGGUCUGAAAUUCCUGUUGUUCAGGUGGACCCAGUUUUUGAGGGAAUGGAUGGUGGGGUUGGCAGUCUGAUCAAGUGGAAUCCUUUGGCAAAUGUUGACGGGGUAAAUGUAUGGAACUUCCUUCGAGCAAUGAAUGUGCCUGUAAACUCAUUGCAUUCACAGGGGUACGUCUCAAUUGGCUGUGAGCCUUGCACAAGACCCGUUCUUCCUGGCCAACACGAGAGAGAAGGGAGAUGGUGGUGGGAGGAUGCUAAGGCUAAGGAAUGCGGGCUUCACAAAGGAAAUCUGAAACAGGAUGGAGCCCUACUUAAUGGCAAUGGAAAUGGGGCUGCUGGUGUUGCUGAUAUUUUCAACUCACAGAAUUUGGUCAAUUUGAGCAGGACUGGAAUAGAGAAUUUAUUAAGAUUGGAGAACAGAAAGGAACCAUGGAUUGUUGUUCUUUAUGCUCCAUGGUGCCAAUUUUGCCAGGGCAUGGAACAAUCGUAUCUUGAAUUGGCUGAUAAGUUGGCCGGAAGUGGAGUGAAGGUGGGGAAGUUCAGGGCAGAUGGUGAUCAGAAAGAAUUUGCCAAGCAAGAAUUACAGCUGGGAAGCUUUCCUACAAUACUUCUCUUUCCCAAACACUCCUCUAGGCCGAUUAAGUAUCCCUCAGAGAAGAGGGAUGUAGAUUCCUUGAUGACUUUUGUCAGUGCUCUCCGCUGAUGUAAAUCAAAGGGCAUUUGAUAGACGGGUGGUUGAAUCAUUUGUGCACGCAAGUCCAAGGUUGCCUCUGAUUCUGGCAAAUUAAUUAUAUCAAAGACACAAUUGGAAUAAUGGAGGAGGCAGCGAACCUCAAUCUCAAGCAUAACUUAAUUGUUUGCUUGUCCAGUGCUAGCAGCCUUUUGGAUUGUAUUCUACCUCAAGUCUGUUUUGUAUAGCGUUGGUGUAUGCUCUUCCUCUCCCUUUUCCUCGCUUUUCCCUUGAAGUUGUGUAAGAGUCUGUUUUAGGUUGAGUUUUGACUCUUGGUCAUUAGAGAUUGUUUGCUAAAUAUUCAUAUGUGUAUUUAGAAUGGGAAGUAGUCUUUAUUUUAGGUGCAUUGUAAUCUAAAAUUGCAGUCCAGGGUUAGAUGGAUUUUGCAAUUAGGUUAAAAUUUGUCAACUGUUCGAUGUUGCGAGUAAGUUAAAAUUUUUGUCAAUAGGACCACUGCAGCUCAGAAGAAAACUUGAUGGGUCUAAUUAUUGAUGCAGCGUCGCAACUUGCAAGUUGAAUUUAGAAGCUUAUUGGCAGUGUUCUCCAUCACUUUACGUGGGACCCGUGGCAACUUGCGGUAGGAAUCUGAAAGGCUGAAACUUAUGGUUUUGGUUUAAGGUUAGACUAAUUUUAGGUCUGAUUUGAAUUUGGUUUGAUUUGAAUUUUAAUAAAUUUAAUAGUGAAAAUUUUAAUA